GCAGUGAGGCAAGCGCCGUCAGGCGCCAAAGUGUUUUUUUCUUUUUUUUUUUUUUCCGCCGAAGCCGAGCGGGUGCAGCUAGCGGAGGCGCCAUAUUGGAAGGGACAAAACUCCAGCGACAGCGAGUGACACAAAUAAACCCCUGGACAACCUCACUUCCCUAGUUCUAAAGGCCGCGAUGUUGUACCUCGAGGACUAUCUGGAAAUGAUUGAGCAGCUUCCUAUGGACUUGCGGGACCGCUUCACCGAGAUGCGCGAGAUGGACCUGCAGGUGCAGAAUGCAAUGGAUCAGCUAGAGCAAAGAGUCAGUGAAUUCUUCAUGAAUGCAAAGAAAAACAAACCAGAGUGGAGAGAAGAGCAAAUGGCCUCCAUCAAAAAAGAUUAUUACAAAGCUUUGGAAGAUGCAGAUGAAAAGGUGCAGUUGGCAAACCAGAUAUAUGACUUGGUAGAUCGACACUUGAGAAAGCUGGAUCAGGAACUGGCUAAGUUUAAAAUGGAGCUGGAAGCUGAUAAUGCUGGAAUUACAGAAAUAUUAGAGAGGCGAUCUUUGGAAUUAGAUACUCCUUCACAGCCAGUGAACAAUCAUCAUGCUCACUCACAUACUCCAGUGGAAAAAAGAAAAUACAACCCAACAUCUCAUCACACAACAACAGAUCAUAUUCCUGAAAAGAAGUUUAAAUCUGAAGCUCUUUUAUCUACACUUACAUCAGAUGCCUCUAAGGAAAAUACACUAGGUUGUCGAAAUAAUAACUCUACAACUUCUUCCAACAAUGCUUACAACGUGAAUUCUUCCCAGCCUUUGGCAUCCUAUAAUAUUGGUUCAUUAUCUUCAGGAACUGGUGCAGGGGCAAUUACCAUGGCAGCCGCUCAAGCAGUUCAAGCUACAGCUCAGAUGAAAGAAGGACGGAGAACAUCAAGUUUAAAAGCCAGUUAUGAAGCAUUUAAGAAUAAUGACUUUCAGUUGGGAAAAGAAUUUUCAAUGCCCAGAGAAACAGCUGGCUAUUCAUCAUCGUCAGCGCUCAUGACUACUUUAACACAGAAUGCCAGUUCAUCAGCAGCCGAUUCAAGGAGUGGGAGAAAGAGCAAAAACAACAACAAAUCUUCAAGUCAGCAGUCAUCAUCUUCCUCCUCCUCUUCUUCCUUAUCAUCAUGUUCUUCAUCAUCAACUGUUGUACAAGAAAUCUCUCAACAAGCAACAGUAGUACCAGAAUCUGAUUCAAACAGCCAAGUUGAUUGGACCUAUGACCCAAAUGAACCACGAUACUGCAUUUGUAAUCAGGUGUCCUAUGGUGAAAUGGUGGGCUGUGAUAACCAAGAUUGCCCUAUAGAAUGGUUCCAUUAUGGAUGUGUCGGAUUAACGGAAGCACCCAAAGGAAAAUGGUACUGUCCACAGUGCACUGCUGCAAUGAAGAGAAGAGGCAGUCGACACAAAUAAAGGUGGCCAUUUCAUUUGGAGAAGAAAAAUUCUUCAGCUAACCAUUUUAUAUAAGACUGAAAAAGAAGUACAGAGAAGAAACUGCAUUUCCAGGCUACCGCUUAGAGGAUUCACAUAGACAAUCCUAUAAGAUCUUGAACUUAAAUUUUAUGGGUUGUAUUUUAAUAAUGUAAGUAAAUUAUUUAUGCACUCCUGGUGUGCUAUGAAUAUUAUUCCAAUUAGCCUUGGAUUAUUUCAGUGGCCAACAUAUGCAGACAUUUGUAUUCCUCAACCAUUUUCUCAAAGUAAUGGGCAUUCUGUAAUUUAGACUUCAAAGAAUUCCAACGAUGAAGAUUUUAAGAAAAGUAUUUUAUAUUCAACAGGUAUGUUCUGCUGCAUGUACUGUACUCCAGAGCUGUUAUGUAACUCUGUAUAUAAAUGGUUGCAAAAAAAAAAAGUCAGUGCUUCUAAAAAGAGUUUAAGAUAAUGGUUUUUAAAAAUGCCUUUAUAAUAAACUUUGUUUCUUUGUGAAACUAAAUUCAGCAGGCUGAAAAAAAAAAAAAGGUUUAUGUGAUAAAGUGGGCUGGUAUCCUCUAGAGUACCUGGGUACAUAAACAGAAACUCCUGUAAGAAACUAAUUUGUGCCAUUAGUCUUUAUAUGUUCCUGCAUCCAGAUAGAGUGCAGCUAAUGAGGGAGGGGAAGGGAGGGGCAGAAGGGGAAAAGGGUGUUAAAAGUGAUACAUUUUUAUACCAAAUGUGUUUAUUUUUUUGUGCAAGUAAUCCUUAAAAUUGGAAUUGUAUUAGGUGUUAAAAUAAAGUUUUUAAAAAAAUUCUUGGAUUUAUACUUUAUACUUUUGAUAAUAGUAACUUUUAAAAAUUCUGAUUAACUUUCAAUUUUCACCAUCUAAAAAGAGCAGAGACCCAGGACAUAGAAUUUUGUGUAAUCUGUGAUUUCUUGAAUAUGAGAUGUGAAAAUAGGGAACUAGACAUUUUUCAUGUAAAUUGUAAAUGUAAAUGUAUUUUUCUAGGAUAUUUGUCUGUCUUUCCUUUUGUUCUAAGGGGCGUAAAAGAAAUGUGAUUAGAUCAGAUAGAAUAGGAAUAAUAGUUUCACGUGUUUUGACACGGUAGAUUGUAGCAACUUUAGUAAAACGAUUCCUACAUUGGAGCUUAAAGUUCACCUCUAGUUUUUUAUUCUGUCACACACUGAUAGUUAAUUCAGAUUAUGAGUCACAUUGGACUAUACUAAACCACAGUAAUGCUGACUGCUGGACUUCUGCAGAGCAUUAAGGUUUUAUUCUGUCGGUGCUAUUUACAUGAGAUGUUUUUCAUGAUGGAAGUCUUGUAUAAGAUUUAUCCUGUUGAGUGGGAAAACUUUUAAAACUUAAAAUACUACAUCAUUUUCUUUUUUUUUACAUAUUGAAAUGUGGGUUUCUGCUUUAAUCAAAGCUACUUAAGAGCUGUGAAAAUGCAUAGUGGUAACACACAGGACUGUCAUAUGGGAGACCCCAGGCUCAGUCUCUUGCACCAUCAGUAGCUAAUGCUGAGGGGUGCUCUGGUCAAAAAAGUAAAAUACUAUUCACAAAACUAGAAAAAUCAAUACAGUGCUGUCCCACACUUAUGGAUUAGGGAAGAGAUUUCUAAUAUCUCUUCUGGUUUUGCAGUUCUACAAUUCUGAACUACUGUAGUUUGAUUUUAGAACAGGAUAGUUCAUAUAAUUAAAUUAAGUUCAUUUGUCAAUUUUCAUAAUAUCAUGAUUUCCAUGAUGCUUAAUAUUUUCAAAGUUUUUUUUUCUUUUUUAUUAAACCUUUAAAGAAAUAAUGUACUGUAGUAUUCACUUAGCUUACAGGCAUUUUUCUUAGAGAUGGUCAAUUAUUAUUUAUUCUUUUAACUGUAUAUAAUGACAUUCUAAUCAUUAAUUUCAUAGGAAUUGGUUUGAGUAAAAAGCUUUAUAUAAAGUCUUACUGUAAGAGAAAGUUCCUUGUCAUUUAGGAACCUUACUAGCUGUUACUAUCCCUUUCAUUAUGUGAAUUCCAGUAAUUAUAAAUUAACCUGAAAACAUUUUGACAUUAUUUAUAUUCAGACAGUGACUGUUUUGUGAAGUAUGUGUGACAAAGUAACCCAAAAUUGGCUACAAUAGUUUAGUAAUGAAUGGGACUUGUUGACACCUGAGAUGAAUAUAUACACGAUGGGCCCAACACAAAACUACCUCAUUAACAAACAAAAUGUGGCCAACAGUUAGUAGUAUUGUGACAUUUACACCAAGAGAUUUAGUGAGCAUUUUUGAUAUUAUAAAAUACAUGGUUAAAAAUCUAUUGUACAAAAUUCAUGUAACAGUGGGUGACACAGAAAAUCCAAAUGUGGAUUCACAACUUACAGGUGAUAAAAAUUAAGACCUUGCUACUGUGGAGUGCAUAUUGAAAUGUCUAUGGUGGCACACUUGAAGCAAUAAAUGGCUAAUCAAAUGCCUAAAUGAA